CUUUGCGACUUGCUCUGUUUUGCGUACACCUUUGAGCGUUUAAAGCUGUUUUCGUUUAGUGUGAAGGUUCGCCAUUCAGGCAUCGAUGGUCAUUGAUAUCAUUCGUACGGAGUAAAAGCCAUGGCUGUGGUUGGGCUGGAUUGGGCAAUUCGCGUUGAUCUCUCUCGUUUGCUGCUUUCAUCUUCACAGCGCAGCGGUGAUUUCUCUUUCCGAUAGUCUUCUUUGCUGGAAUCCUCUUCGGUACCACGUCAUGGCAUCUUCGCGUUCCGGCGAUAAUUGGACAGGGAUGCCUUCGGAAUGGACUUCACAAACGCUGGCGGCUAGGCAUAGUCUGCUCGGAACGCUGGCGUCUCCUGCAGACCUUGUGCGGCGGAAUCACGACCGAUCUAUUGGCCAAUCUCCGACUGAGGAUACUUGGACUUAUACUUCAUCAUCCAAGCUCGACGACGGUAACACAAGUAGAUCAUCCCGACCACUUGCAUUGGCCCAGCGUCUCUCUCAAACCUCUCAACAGUCUCCCGAAAUAUUCCCCAGGCAUAAGUUGCAGACACAACAGCGUAUCAUGCCCGAGGAAUCAAGACCACAGUCGUUUUGGAACACAGAUCUAAGAUCCCCAAACAUACGGCCCCUGCAGCAGAGUCCUUCCACGUUCGCUCAUGGCAUGACAUCAAGUCCGCAGCGUUCACAUCACUCACACCUCUCGACCAGUCUUUUUCCCGCAGAGGAACAGGAAGGCAUCUCACCACCGAAUCAAUACUGGCUCGGCGACUCAGCACGGCAAGGGAGUAACAGCAAUACGAGUAGUAAUAGUUAUAAUUCAAGUCAAAAUCAGGCACCUCUUCGCGAUUUGAAUCAUCCAAGACAGCACCGACGUCAACAUACUAAUAGUCAAGACUUGGGUCAUCCUUCAUCGAGUCUCUACCUCCAACAAUUACAGCUUGCGCAACAACAACAACAACAACAACAACAACAACAACAACAAAACCAGCAGCAACGAUUAGAACAGCAACAGUAUCAGGUUCAGCAACAGCAACAACAGAACCAGUACUUUCAGUCUCCAUAUCAAGCGACAGCUCCGCCAAUAUUAUCGUUACAACCACCACGAUCUCGGGGAAGCCAACACCAGACCCGACGUCCUUCGAACCGCGACGAAUUCCAAGGCCAUCAUUAUUUCCUCCCUGUAUCCUCUCACCCAACCAGUACCGAGCCGACAGAAGCCUCACUACCGCAGCUACCCACCUCCCUCACCCGUCCCGAGCAGCAAGAGAUCCUCCAAAAGGUCCACCAACGCCUCUGCCGCUGCGCCUUCGACUUCCUCGCCUUCUACAAAUUCGCCAUCCCCGCCGAUCCCAUCCCCGACAAUACUCACCAUAGCAACCCACCACAUCCUCGUCAGGAGGAUCUCCGGCGGGCCGCUCAUGUCCCCUCGAGCUCUUCCUUCACGCCGCAAGAGCAUCUCCCGCAGAUUUCUCGCCCGGAAGAUCGGACUUGGUCCUGGUGGGCGCACCUCCUCAAACGUCUGGCUACGAAGCGAAGGAUUCCAGCACGGGUAUUGUAUGGUGAACAGAUUGGCUCAAUGGUCUCAGUGCUAGAAAGCAGUCUCAUCGGGAGCAAUGAUGUGGUCCAAAUGUCCCAUCAGCAGCAGCAGCAACAAUCACCGCAUCAGCAGCAUGGAGCUCAAGGCGAUGGUGACUACGAGGAUAUGUCAAACUUCGGCAACGCGAGAUCGUCAUCAGCACCCAGAGAUGAUCGGAAUCUUCUUCAAAUCAUCAGCGCGGGGUUACAAGUGGCCCGGCUGUUGAAGGAUGCAAGUGCUAUGCGUGAUCUGGACGCGAUCUAUGGAUACACCGAGGACUUGAUACUUAGUCGGAGGCGAAGAUAAUGACUGCGACGAUGCAGAAGGAGGAGGAGGACGAGGGGAUAAAUCUUGUGGGAGAUUGGUUGCUUGCUGAAGAGCAGCUUCUCUGCGGUGGAUCUCAAACGUACUGGAUGUGGAUGUAAUCUGAUUGGUACGAUUCGAUCGACCAGCAGAGUCUGCGCCACGUGAUCCAAUCCGCGGUGUGAGUUGGAAAGACGGUGACCGAGGCGAAGAUCGUCCAUCUUUGGACUAGGCACGGUUGUCGAGAGAAUCAGAGACUGACAGACUUUGCUGCGACAUGAUCGGUUCAUCAAUGGAUUUGAUUUGCUUCAUCAAGUCCUUUGAAGCAGGCAGAGAGAAGAGAGGGAGAGAGAGAAGGCAGUGUACACUUUUGUGUAUCUCGUAAAGAAUGUAAUUAAGAAUGUAAUGAACCCCGAGGAAGUCUCCCCGUUAUUGUUUGCUCUCGAUUUGAAUUCUAUUGGGCCAACGACGAAACAUG